ACCUAUCGACAAUGGUGCAAAACUAACAACUUCGAGUUGAUGCUACCUCAAGAUGUCAAGGAAUGCAAAACAGCAGCUGCAGUGCUGAACACGCAGCAAACAAGUCUCGACGGACACCUCCAAGAGAUUCCCCCCAACAACAUAGUUAUACCUUAUACCGAUACACACUUCUGUGAGGCUGCCAUUGAAUGGCUCGUAUCUAAGAGCCAGAAGUUG